CCCACAGAAACAAGCGAAACGGAUAGCGGAAAAAAGAGAGAAGAAAAGAGAAGGGAGGGGAAGGCAAGGCAUAGGUAGACCUCACCGGACGCCGACGCGGAGGAGCUCAUCACUGGCCAGCUGCCGCCGCCGCCGCCACCACUGCUCCGCCUCCGAUUGCUGCCGUCUCUCCUCGCGGGGUGGGUGGGGGGGGGGUGUAUGGCGACCGGCUCCGUCGUGGCGCCGCCGCCGUCGCUGGCCGGCGGGGGGCGAGGGCUCCGUCGGCGGGGAGUCCUCCACCGGCGUCUCGCGGCCUCGCCUAUCAUUUUUUCCCAGGAAAGAUGAACCUGUGGCUUCGACGAAUGGCGGCAAAGAUGAAAUGGUCACCGACAGCCUCAGUGUUGCUAGAAGAGCCUCUCACCCUGGGCUUUCAUCAAGCUUAUCUAAUCCAAUGUCAGAAGUCACCACACCUUUCCAUCCAGCUGCGCCAUCUGAUCUUCGUUUCAAUCGUCUUCGACCCUCAGUUGAGGAAAGUGAUUGCAAAUACAAAAGAUUUUUUGGCUGCUAUGUUGCUCGGGAGGCUAUAAUUGAUGAGGAAUACUGGAUUGCUGCAUGGUUGAGAGCAGAGAAUCGAUAUGAAGAUCAGUCAAGCGAUCGCUAUGUUGAAAGCUUCAAAAGGAAGUUUGCAUCGCAGGAAUUUCAUGCAUUAAAGAGGCGAUGUAGCAAGCUGCAAGGAGAGAAGUAUAUCUGUUUUGUUGCGGUAAAAAAUGAUGAUCUCAAGCGAACUGUUUUGAAUAGCGUCGUUGGCACCCUGGAUGUUUGUAUAAGGCAUCCUCUGCAUGGGGAGACAUUUCCUGCGGAGCCUGGAAAGUCAUCAUUUCAUUGUAGAAUAUACCAGCCAGAUCAGCCAAAGUUUGGGUAUCUGACAAAUGUUUGUGUUGCUAAAUAUGCACGGCGUCAAGGGAUCGCCAGCAAUAUGUUGUUACUGGCCAUAGAUGCUGCAAGACUCAAUGGUGCUGAAGAAGUUUAUAUUCAUGUGCAUAAGGAUAAUCUACCAGCUCGGAGGCUCUAUGAUCAGAUAGGAUUCAGGAUGGUUGACUUCGAUGGUGCUCGUCAGUCGUCAGAUCUAUGCUUACUCUCCUUCAGUUCCUAGGACUUGGAUUUUUAAUACGAUGGAGUUUUGAUCCCAUCUCCCUGUGCAGAUGAAAUGCCACUGGUCCUUGUGAUUUGGAAAGCAGGACGGUGUCACGAAUACAUUUACAAUCUUGUACAUCAGGAUAGUGUGAAAUGUUUGUAACUUUGGAAUUGACGAUGGGUUAACCUAUCUUGUUCUGAUGCCCUGGAAUGCUGUGGCAUCUGAAUGCUUACCAGGUUUCUUUUACAGUUUUAUUGUACAGUUUGUGAAGACUGCUAAAAGUUGUUGGUCCGUUCUGUCGUUCUGUAAGGAGAUAACCAAUGCAAAACACCAAAGCUUGUGUUGCA